ACUAACAUGGACUCUUUGGGUCUUUUUAUCUUUCUAAUGCUGAUGUGUUCCCAGUGGACUGCCGCCCCUGCUGCUGAGGAAAUUACCUGGACCUACACUGGUUUGGUGGGUCAGUCCGAGUGGUCCGAGUACUUCCCGGACUGCGGUGGUACAUCUCAAUCCCCUGUGGAUGUAGUUACCACCCAGACUAAAUAUGACCCCAGUUUGAUCCCUCUGACCCCACUGGGCUACAGUCAGCACGGCAACAUGCCCUUCACUCUGUCCAACAAUGGACACACAGCUGUGAUUGAGCUGCCAGAGUGGAUGGGACUUGGGGGGCUGCCCUGGCUCUUCACAGCCGUACAGCUGCACCUCCACUGGGGCAGCGGCGGCCCGAGCCACGGGGGCAGUGAACACACCAUCAAUGGACUGAGUGCAGAGGCAGAGCUUCACGUGGUUCACUACAACUCGGAGCUCUACCCCAACAUGUCUGCCGCCAUGACACAGAGGGAUGGCCUGGCGGUUUUAGGCAUUCUCAUUGUGACAGGUGAGGAGACAAAUGAUGCAUUCAACAACAUCCUCAACUACCUGAGUCGCAUCAGGCACGCAGACCAGAAAGCUUCCAUCCCAGCCUUUGACGUCCAGUCCCUGCUCCCGAAGGAUCUGAAACGCUACUACCGCUACAAUGGCUCCCUCACGACGCCGCCCUGCUAUCAGAGCGUGAUCUGGUCGGUGUUUCACGAGAGGGUUCAGGUCUCUAAAGCACAGCUGCUGAAGAUGGAGACGAUACUUUAUUCCAGUAAAGCCAAAGAUCCCGACAGGAUGCUGCUGCAGGACAACUACCGCACGACGCAGCUGCUCAACCACAGGGUCGUCUUCGCCUCCUUCUCUGCAGAAUCAGGGAAGGAGCUGUCCCCCGGUGAAGUCACAGCCAUCGUGAUAGGGGUGAUGUGCGGCUGUGUGGGUCUGGCUGUUAUCGUUCGCUUCAUCGUGAAGACAAUACGAUUUUUUACUCUCCUCCACCAUGAAACAGUCGUGGUAAACAGCUCUACCUCUAGCUGGGACGUCCUGCCCAGUAACCGGCCUGCUCCCACUCCAAGGGCUAAGGAGCCAGAGAAAGCAAAUGAGAAAAAACAAGACGUGGCUCUGAACUCGACCUCUGGGGCAAGAAAGACAGAAGAGCCCUCGCCGUCUCUUCAGACUGAGCCCUAG